GAAAGUGAUUUUCCAUCGAAGAAAGAGAAAGAUAAAUUUAAUUUAAAUUGUAUAUUUUCUAUUGGAGUCAUUUUUAAUAUUUGCAGCAAGCUAUACGAGUAAUACAAAAGAAUUAUCAGUGGAAAAAGAAGGAAGAGAAAAAAGAAUGGAGGAAAUAGGGUUUCUGGGGAUGGGUAUUAUGGGGAAAGCAAUGGCAGUCAACUUGCUGCGCCAUGGUUUCAAGGUUACUGUUUGGAAUCGCACUCUCUCCAGGUGUGAUGAGCUAGUGCAACAUGGAGCCUCUGUUGGAGAAACUCCUGCAGCAGUAGUCAAGAAAUGCAAGCACACAAUUGCAAUGUUGUCUGAUCCAGUUGCUGCUCUUUCAGUGGUUUUUGACAAAGACGGUGCACUUGAGCAGAUAUGUGGUGGAAAGGGGUAUAUUGACAUGUCAACUGUUGAUGCUGAUACUUCUUCACAGAUUAGUGAGGCCAUUACAUCAAAGGGUGGUUCUUUCCUUGAAGCUCCAGUUUCAGGGAGCAAAAAGCCAGCUGAAGAUGGACAACUAGUAAUCCUAGCAGCUGGUGACAAGGCUCUGUACGAUCAAGUACUACCUGCUUUUGAUGUCAUGGGAAAGAAAUCUUUUUUCUUGGGACAGGUUGGGAAUGGAGCAAAAAUGAAACUUGUUGUUAAUAUGAUAAUGGGCAGUGUGAUGAAUGCGUUUUCGGAAGGAAUUGUACUGGCUAACAAAAGUGGAUUGGACCCGCAUACCCUUCUUGAUGUGUUGGACCUUGGAGCCAUUGCCAACCCAAUGUUCAAAAUGAAAGGACCUGCCAUGAUAAAAAAUAGUUACCCACCUGCAUUUCCUCUGAAACACCAGCAGAAGGAUAUGAGGUUGGCUCUUGCACUUGGAGAUGAGAAUGAAGUGCCAAUGCCAGUCGCAGCUGCUGCAAAUGAGGCAUUCAAGAAGGCAAGGAGCUUGGGUUUGGGAGACCACGACUUUUCAGCUGUGUUCGAGACUCUCAGAAAGUGAGUGCAACAAGAUGAGGCAUACUAGAGAUCAUGGCUGAGUCUUUUUUGUCUCUCUAAAAUGCUUAAUUAGCAUAGAACUUUUAAGAAUUGUAAUGGAACCUUCCUAUGAACUUUUUUCAAGUACUUGGACAUAUGAAAAGAACUUCAAAGUGCAAAAUUUGAGACUUUUAUAAGCCCUCUUCUGUUGA